AUGCUCGGCUCGGGCAAAAGCAGCGGCGUGGUGAAUGAGGCCACCAACCUCAAGGCCAACCAGAACUUGACCUCGGCGAUCGAGGAGAUGGGGACAAGGGAGUACCUGCGCAGCCGCGACCUGGACGACGUCGUCCCCACGCACCGCCGCAAGGUGGCGGAGAGGCCGCGCGACAACGGCGUGCCGGUGUACGACCCCGCCGCCGAAAAGGAGCAGAUGAGGCUGGAGCGGGGGGCCGUGCCGAAGGGCGGCGCCGACCGCGACGAGAACGACGACGAGGACGCGGAACUGAUGGAGCUCCGCCGCCGCCGCGUGGCGCAGCUGCAGCGGCAGCAGGCGAAGGAGGGGGAGUGGCGUCAGAAGCAGCACGGCGAGUUCCGCGAGAUAUCGCAAGAUGAGUUUUUCAACAUUGUGGUGCGGGAGAAGGGCGGCAGCGAGGACGUCUGUGUGCACUUCUACCACAAGGACUUUGAGACGUGCCGCGUGGUGGACCACCGCCUCUCUGAGUUGGCGCAGAGGAUGUUAAGCGUGAAGUUCGUGAAGCUCGACGCGGAGAAGUCGCCGUUCCUCGUGGAGCGGCUGCACAUCAAGACGCUGCCGUGCUGCGUGCUUUUCCACCACGACGUGGCUGUGGAUCGGAUCUACGGCUUUGACGGUUGCAUGACGGAGGACGGCACGCUCGACCCGGAGUUGCUGCGCAGUCGCAUUCUGCGCGCCGUGCACCCCGGGCAGGAGGAGUAG